AUGAUGGUCAACUUCGUUCCUCUGGUUCUAGUGAUGGGGCUCAUGUCCGCUUCUGUUCCAGCAGCAAGGCAGUUCGUUUGUCAACCCGGGGGGGGAGAAGUGACCAAGCCGGACUGCUUCACCGCAAUCCAAGCUCUCCUCCUAAGCCAGAAACCGUGCAACGGCAAACUGGUGAUAACUACGGGCGGCGUCACGGCAAAGCACGGAACCUGCUGUACGACGCUGUACUUUGAUACCACGGGCCAUCCCGGGCAAACGUCGGUGGCUCACAGUAUCGAUUACCUAGGAUCGGAGAUUGCCAAAGGCAUUGCUCGAUGCCAGAGGGGUGCUGUUUUCUUUGACAGCGGUGCGGUUCUCGUGCAUAACCAUGAGCAAUGCGGAGGAGGACCCUACGUCGGCAAGCGAGCAGGAGGAGCCAGCAUUCCAGCCCGGGCUGGGUCUGUCUCUGUUGAGGAUGAAGAUGACGUCUCCGAGUUCCAGCGUCGUGAGGCCGAGGGUGAAGAAGGCGUGCUCAUUGCAUCUCGAGAGACAUCCCUCCAAGCACGUGCCGGCAUCGACCUCUGCAGUCGAAGGGCACCUACAGGGGCAACAAUCGCGGUCGAUCUGCUCGAUAGUGCCUUCAAACUAGUGCGCACCUCAAGUGGAUCUGGAGGCGCAAGGACCUUGACCGCGUCAUUCAUACAAGGAGUAUGGUCAAGUAUGUUCCUUCGUUUCAAGGACAACCAAGGCAACGGCAACCACAACCGGCUGCGGUAUUACUACAAUGGCGACACCUUCUACUACAUCAUGGUUGCCACGUCCGGGUACUACUGGUCAACGGUGGGGGCAGUCAUCGGUGAGCGAGCCAUGGACGAGAUUUUUCACAAGGUCGUCUCGGAUGCCGCCUCCACGGGUUUCGCCUCGAUAACCUAUUAUCUUGUCAAUGAGUCUUCAGGGGCUGAGAUGGUCAAAUUCAUGAUACAAAAUGUAGAUUAG